AUGUCCAACUCGCCUGGCGAAGCUCAUCUCAAGUACUUCAUCACUCGCUACGACGGUCAGCCUGUCCCACUGAUCCCAGCUGAUGAGCUGCCUGUCACCUUCGAAUCGGUCCCUCGCGUCCUCUCUCCAGCUCAGACCUACGGCAUGCACUAUGUUGGGGUUGCUGGCAGCGCCGGUCCUAUCUUCAAGCUCGUGACUGCUCCCUCUGGAAUGCAACGCUCCAUCAGCCAGCCAGGCGGCGACACUGGCCACUACCGCUUCCACAGUGCAGACAACACGAGACACUUCCAAGCUCCAGACUCUCUCGCGCGUCAGGCAUUCGCCAACACUGCCAUGGCUGCUUCCCUCCCUAAGCGUCCUGUCUCUGCAUCUCAAGCAGCAGUGUCCUGGCGCCGAUCUGAUCCCCUGAACGCACCCAAUUCCUCGGCCAGCGAGGCCACUCAGAACGCCAUCAACGCCAUUCUUCGCUCAGAGGCAGGAGCUGAGACUGCAGAGCGUAUCGGCUAUCAUCCACGAGACACUACACCACCACCCUCCGGCAUCAUGCCAGAUCAAGAGAAGAAGGUCUACUGCACCCACUGGAUCCUGCAUGGCUGGUGUGGCUUCGUUCAGCAAGGCUGUCGCUACAAGCACGAGAUGCCCGACAAGGCCAAGUUGGAUGAGAUCGGCAUCAAGCAUGUUCCGACUUGGUGGAAAGAGGAGAAUGCUACAUUCAAAAUGGGCGGCAAGGCUGCCACUGCGGGACCGAUUGUGAAGCCUGAGGACUGGCUGAAUGCGAGGAAGGGAAGCGAUGCGGAUAGUGAGAGGUCGUCUUCUUCUGAGGGCACUGAUGCUACUACUCUGACAAGCGAGAGUGAGGAGGCUGUGAAGGGCGUCAAGAAGGAUAAGAUGGAGGCUCCACCAGAGAAGGUCUCUGAGAAGAAGGCUGUCAACAUGCCGUCAAGCGCUGGAAGCUCUCCUGUCAUUCCACCAGCUCGCCCAUCGACACCCGCAGAAGAUGUCCGCAAGAUGUCGACUGGGAGCGACCUCAUCAAGUUCACUCCACUGCUUCCAACACCACCACCCACCAGCCUCACCACAACGACCGACCCAUCCAAGCGCAUCACUCCCGACGCCAUCACCAGCAAAGCCCGCGAGCUCUCCAACACCAAGUCAAGCAGCCCCGAAGCCCCAACCAAGACGAUGAAAGUCUUCGUCCCAGUCGGCGAGUCACCAGAAGUCCACAUCGCCGACGCCAAGAAGCGCGAGCGUGUCGCCCGCACCAAGACUGCUCGCAACCCGUCGCCAUCCAAGAACGACAAGUCCGGCGAGGUCAAGUCUUUCGACAAGCAGGCCAAGGAGAUGCAGAAGAGCAAGAGUGAGGGUCUGACUUCGUCGCGUUGGGCUUCCCGUUCGACUGCGGCUGGUGCUGCUACUGAGGAGCAGGGCAAGCGCACCAAAUACGGCUGUCGUAUUCGACGCCCUGCUUCUUCGUCCCCUGCUUCCAAGAAUAAGGCUGCUGAGGCCAAGGGUAUCGAAGCUGCUGAGAAGAAGUAA